GGGCACGCGCUGCAUCCGGGUUCCCGGCCGGGAGCCGUCCGUCCGUCUCUCCCUGUGUGCGCGGCGCGGCGGCGGCGGGAAAUGGCGCCCGAAUGUUGGCGAGUGUAAACAGCGAGCGGCGGCGUAGCGACACCGAGCGGCCCCCAGGCCCGGCGGCCACUCGCCUCCUGAUUAGAAUUGAGGUUCCAUGGUGUGAUUUCAUCUCCAUUUCAGAAUAUAAAUGUUUUGUACCACAUGACUUGACUUGCUCCUCUACUGUGCUGUUCGCCUGUUCAUUCCUGAUGCCAAAAUAAGCAACAACUCUGUCCUGCACUAUUUUCUUACCUUUGUACAUGUGACACCUUUUCAAAAUGAGGCUGAGAAUGCGAAAGGCUUCUCAGCAGCCAAACUCUGUCCAUGAAUCACGAGCAGCAAAGACAAAGCGGAAGCGCUCUGAUGUAGAUGAUUCGGUACCUAUUAUGGGGGUAAAACCUCAGAAAAAGGAAACUGGUUUGCUCUCGUCAAUUAAAAGACUUAUCCGAGGAACUGCAACAAAGGCGGAAGCAGAGAAUCCUCCAAAGAAAAAAUGUAAACUUGAUGGUGACCUGGAUGACAACAUGAUCACUUCAACACCCCACACCGGCACAAAACCUAACAAACAAAUCUCUAGAGUAAGACGGAAAAGCCCAGUGAACGGAGAGACUGGAGGUUACAGAAGUAAACAGAAUGGAAAACUAACGAUAGUUAAUGAUGUCGUUAGCCCUCCACGAACUGCCUUACUGGGAACCAUCUUUUCUCCUGUUUUCAGUUUCUUUUCACCAGCAAACAAAAAUGGAACAUCAGGAUCUGACUCCCCAGGUCAAGCUGUGGAGGCUGAAGAAAUAGUCAAACAGCUGGAAUUGGAGCAAGUAGACGAGAUAACCACCAGCACAGCAACAUCAGCAACGGGAGGACUAUACUCUGGCCAGGCAGUAACAGCACAAUCACCGUCCCCUGACAGCAGUUCAGAUAAUGCGGAAGAUAAGGUCGCCAGUAAAGUUCAUCCAAUGCCAGCACCAGAAUUGAAAAUAACUACUUUGCUAUUACCAUGCCUUUUAGCCAUUUGUUUUUGCCUUUUUGAUAGUUAUUUCUUCAUCAAGCAUGUGCCACCAUUAACAGAAGAACAGCUCAGUCGAAAACCAGCUCUGCCACUUAAAACCAGAAGUACACCUGAAUUCUCUUUGGUUCUAGACUUGGAUGAGACCUUGGUGCACUGCAGUCUCAAUGAACUGGAUGAUGCAGCACUUACUUUUCCUGUCCUUUUCCAGGACGUGAUUUACCAGGUUUACGUACGGUUGAGACCUUACUUCCGUGAAUUCCUGGAAAGAAUGUCCCAAAUUUACGAGAUUAUUCUGUUCACUGCCUCCAAGAAAGUCUAUGCAGAUAAAUUGCUGAAUAUUCUGGAUCCUAAGAAGCAGCUAGUCAGGCACAGGCUAUUCCGCGAGCAUUGUGUGUGUGUGCAGGGAAAUUACAUAAAAGAUUUGAAUAUCCUCGGAAGGGAUCUUUCAAAAACAAUCAUUAUUGACAACUCUCCGCAAGCCUUUGCAUACCAGCUAUCCAAUGGAAUUCCAAUUGAAAGCUGGUUCAUGGAUAAGAAUGACAUGGAGCUUUUGAAACUGAUUCCGUUUCUAGAGAAACUAGUAGAGCUGAAUGAAGAUGUUCGACCCCACAUCAGAGAGAAAUUUCGUUUGCAUGAUUUGCUCCCUCCGGAUUAAGAACAUGUGGCCAACACCAUCUCUGAAGGGGGCGGAGAAAUCAAAAGCAGGACCCUUUGGACUACAAGACAUUGCCAUUACUGUUGAAAUUUGCAUUUUUGUACCUCGUCUUGCUUUUCUUGUCUUGGACACCCACAAUUAACCAAGGGGUUGCAGGGAGUGAACUCGGUCUCAAAGAUUUAAGAUGGUUUGGAACAGGAAAGGAUAUUGCAGGGUUUAAAAACAAAACAAAAUAAGAAACGGUAUAUGCAGUUAAAAAAUCUGAACGUGCAGAUCCCGAUAGCACAUGUACAGCACGCAAUAGAUAUUCUGUUGUCCUGUUUAAUGUGCUUCUAAAGACAGUUUGCUGGUAACAAGUGUGAAAUGCUGUGGUCUGUUGCAAUACAUGUUGAUGAGACUUUGACUGUAUCAGCUAUCAAUAGUUGGCACUUUCCUUUGUGACACAAAACUAACACCGUUAGUACUUCUGUUAAAUGUAUUUCUGUUUUUGCCACCAGCAUUUUGCUUAACUUGUAUUAUCACAGGUUUACAUAGGAGGAGAAUGCUGACUCUAUAUUUCCUCUGGGUGGUGCUUUUUAAAGUGAUCUUUACCCACUUUUUAAAGUGCAGGUCUCAUUUCAACAGGAAUGGCCAGUAUAUUAUAAAAGAUACAAAAAAAUUAUGGUUCAGGUUUUAGGCUUUUAUGUUUUCCUAGUAUAUGAAAUAAUAUCCAAUUAUAAAAGCAUUCCUUUUAACUAUAAUGUAAUGUAGAAUGCCUCCCGCCUCCAUGACCACCUCCAAUUCCCAAACAAGAAAGAAUCAUAUCUAAUUUGAAUCACCACCUUCCUGCUUUGACAGGCUGUGAAGUAAUGUAUAUUUGUUAAAAUAAAAUGAUAAAUCUAUAGGUUAGUCAAAAUAAAUCAUUUUCGUAACAUACGUUUAUUUAUAUUAAUUAAAGAACAGAAAUUUUCACCCACAGUAGCUGUGAUCUGUUAAGAGAAAGGGUGAGCGUACAAAGGGAGAGACAUGAUACAGAUAUUCUAACUUUACAAACUUAAUUUUAAAUUCAUAAAUUGUACAGUCUUCACCUGGACGAGGCAGAGGGAAGAAUGGGAAAUGGGCUGGAAAGAAGUAGGGGGGAAAUUAUUGCAGGUGAUCAAAUCUAACAGGUGCAGGACUCAAUGUCUAAUCAGCUUUUUAUAUCCACUGUCACAAUACUUCACCUGCCAUCAUUUGGAUAAAUGUGGUGGAAGCAUGAUCAGUGGUGGCAGGAAGAUGGCAGUGUGAGCCAAACAGAGACUGUUCUGACUGCUCUCUCCCCUUUCUCUCCCUCUUGUUGCCAUUCUUCCCAAAAGUAAAUCAGAUUGUUAUUCCCGUUUUUAAAAAAAAUUGUCUCCUCUCUCCCAAUCCUACCCCUGGCUUACUUUUUCCACGGUAUUGUUUACUCGAAGGAGCAUUGCAUGAAUUGCCUCUAGACUGCAUUAAUAAGCCACAGGCAUCGCCAUGGACUCAUUUUCUAAGGAAACUGGAAAAAAGCAGCACUUUUUAUUACGGAGAGGAGCUAGGUGCAUUUCCUUAGAACUGUAGAAGAUUGUUCAGGACGAGGUGUGUGGUAGCAAAGGUGAGCAGCACAUGAAUGAGGAUGGCAGUUAAAUUUUUUUAUGUAUAUUACCAAUUUACUUGUACAAAACUUUCUUGUACAAAACUACAUGCAGCUUCAUUUAAAAAAAAUCCUUAAAGUAAGGAGAAAUCUUUUUAAAGAAAGCGGUUUAAUUUUUGUAUUUUUGAUUUUAUGAAAGGCAUGAGUUAUGUCUACUUUUUCAGUGUAUUAAUGAAGAUUUUAACUUUUCAUCAGGUUGAGCGUUUUUCUUACUAUUAUCUAUUGUGUAUGUAGUUAGCACAUUGUGACACUGAAAUGUUAAAAUCUAGCAUGUAGAAAUAAGCCUGUUUUUUGUGGGGAGGAAGAAAAACCCUUUUAUCCAUUAAAUAUUUUAAUCAUGGCAGGUUUUUCUGCAGAAAAUAAUUUGAAAAGCGUUUGCAUUUCAGAGAAAUACUGAUUUUGUAUUUAAAGAAAGGUAUUUUGCUUGCAGGAAUCUAUUUACUACAGAUUCACUUUAAUGAUAACCUUUGAGAUGUAUUUAAAUACCGUAGGGCAUCUGGGCAUCUUUCUUUAUGCUGUUUGUCAUUUUGUCUUUAUUGAAAUAAAAAAUGUACAGUA